UGGCAGGACAAUGGGGAGAAUGGGGAGCUUGGGGGGAUUGCAUAAACCCUAAUUCUGGCAAAUACGGAACUGGUAUUUAUCAACGCUCACGAAAAUGUGACAGUCCAGUUAAUAUAUGUGGAGGCCAUUAUUGUAAAGGAGAAAAUCAAACUGAAGGAAAUUGCAGAGAAGUGCCUGAAUGUCUUACAUACCAAAUCUUUAGCGACAAAUUUCUCAAAAUAGAAAAUGCUAUGUCAAUAUAUACCUCCGCACAAGUAGAUAUAUACCUUCUGACGAAAAACAACUGUACAACGGCAACUAUUAUUUACACUUAUUUUACAUUAUACAAGAUAACUAACAUAACUGAUAAUACAGAAGUGCAGAUGGGAGAAAAUAAAUUAAGUGUAAAGUUCAACUUUAACCCAGGGCAACAUGAAAUAGGAUAUUAUCGUUUGUAUGCAAAAAUAGGAUAUCCUGCAAGCAUGACAGACUGGAUGGAAGAAUCAAUGUAUGUGAAAAUAGAACAACCCCCACCUCAUGCAUUUAUAAAAGGUGGAGCCGGCAGGACUAUUGGCGAAGGACUAGCAGAAUUUGACGCUCGUUCUGUGUCAUAUAGUUUAACUAACGGCCCCGGUGAUCCUUCUGGUCUGAUUUUUUCUUGGAAAUGUCUUAAUUUUGUCACAAAUAAUAUCUAUAAUCUUCUGCAAUUUAAUAUUGCACCAUUAUCAGCUUUUAAGGAUACAGGUGACUAUAAAAAGAAAUGGUACGAAACUAACUUUGUUCCUUAUAUAGAAAACAAUGUCGCGUUUAUAUAUGCCUCUACACUUUACACCGUUAUAGAUAGCUUGCAAAAUUCUAAUUCCACAUGCAUGAAGGGAAGCGAAUUUUACGUCAAGACUGUACUUGAUAAAUAUCCUCCUACAAUAGAACAGAAAGACGAAACAACAGAAGCAUACGAUAAUUUUUCAUCGACAUCAAUGUCCAAUACAUGGAACGUGAGCGAUGUUACAACUUCAAUAAUGACAACCCUACAAAUAACUGUAACUCAAGGGGAGGAUACUGUUCGUACCGUGAGAAAUAUGACAACAAUUGAGGCAAUGACAACAACAGAGGGGAGUACUAUGACAACAAUGGAGGCAAUAACAACAACAGAGGAGUCAACAACUCCCGGGCCUCUUUAUGAUCUGAUAGCUCUGACGCGAUUUUUUGAAAUUGACUUUAUGUAUGAAAUGCAGGCAAAUCCUAUAUCCGAGUUGGACAACAUAACAUUUGUCAUACGCCCAGAUAAUAACAGUCUUGUUUUAAACGAAAUGUUAGAAUUUCUAAACGAUUUAUACAGUGAAAAAUCUGUAGCCUUUCUACAGGAUACAGACGAUUUUUUUGAAAGGUUAUCUGACAGCUCAUUAACUCUUGAUAGUUUGUAUAAACUACGUGAACUUUCUGGGUUGCCUGCAAGUGCCAAUGCUACAUUUUUUGAUAAUUUACAAACAUGGCUUCAAAACGCAAAUGUAUCGAAACAAUUUGCAUACGAACUGCGUGAUUUGUUGGAUAGCUUUAAACAUGUUCAAUCGAACAUCAAAAAUGCAACUGAGUUGGUGAAAUUAAUAGGAAUCGAAGGAUACUUAAAACUUGUCAUUGAUGAAUCAGGACAAUGUUUAAUGACUUAUCUAGUAAACAUUUUUAACGGAUUUGCUAAGAUUAACUCAUUUAAUUGGCAUAAAAUGGAACAGCAAGAAAAGUAUUACUUAAGCUGGCUAGAGGAUGAUCUGUUUCACUCUAGUGCCUGUAAAUUGUUCAACGGAAUCGCAGAUGGAACCGGAAGUCUGACUGUUACCUCUCAAGAUGUAGCAGAGGGAAUGGGAUUUUUAGUGUAUUUAAGGGUAGAAUUCGAGGAGUCUAUAAGUUACUUUAUACAACAUGCACAAUCAGUUCCUGGGAAUCCUCCCGUACUGGACAUUGAAUGCAGGUUAAAUUGCAUGAAGAAGACUGCUUUGACAUCUAUAAUGUCCUUAAAAGCUACAUGUCCCUUUUGUACGUUUGAACAGCAAAAAGGAUUUAAAUUUUGGUGGAUAGUCAAAGAUUUUGAUAUCUUUAGUAGAAUAUCAACAACAAAUGAUAACUGGCAGUCGUGGAUGUUAUCUGAAGCAAAUUCUAGUGCAUUUGUUAUGCGAGCCAACGUUUUAAAUGCUAGUGCUGGAUACCUUAUAGAGGCUCAUAUGCAGCUUGCAACAGGGGAGAGGAGCAUAAGUAUUUGGAGCGUCAAUACAAACAUACUACCAUAUGGAGGAUCUUGUGAGAUUGAGGAUGACAGCUGGGGGGAAAAGAAAGUAACAACUAAUGGAUGGAAUGACGAAGGGUUUCGAACAUCAAAUGAUACCAGUUAUGACUGGAAAGAACAGCUGAUGUAUCGAAUAGUUCAGACGAAUUCCGAAGGAAAGGAAACACUUCUAUAUUACGGUUUAGAGGCAGAGAAUUAUAUCAAAGUAAAGCCUGGUAUUGAGAGAGAUGAUUAUAAUGUUACAAUAAAGAUACAGAUCUAUGAUAUCUUUAUUGAUUAUACAGAAUGUACUAAACAAAUUGGACAGGUUUUACCCAAUUAUACCACAUCAGACCAAAAUAGUGUAUCGUCAUUCUUAAAUUUAUCGUCGAAAAGCGUGGACUAUUACUGGAAAACAAGAAAUGUAAAACAAGUUGCCAUGAAUGCAGAGGUUGCCGGAUCACCCGUCACGGAUUUGAAUUCAACUACGACAAUACUUGAUACUGACCCUGCACAAUGGUUGAAUAUAGGUGUAGAAAGACUGCCUGAUGGUUCAAAUAUCACAAAAACAUUUGAUGAACUGUGGAAUAUGUAUGCACAUCCUGAUUAUGGAGAUGUCAACUCACAAACUGAUAUUAUAGAGCAAUUGACAACUUUUUCCACGAUUCUGGCUGAAACAUCUAAUGCAGUUGAUGGAACAUCUACUGUGAAUUUAGACCAGGUUGCUAAUAGUAUUGGUACAAUUAUUGGAAACAAGCUUUUCACUGCAAAUGCCUCAGCCUCCAAGGCAUUUGAAGGAAAUAAAGGUCUAUUGGAAAAACUUGUAAAAUUGACAAGUAAUGAGACAUAUCCCAAGUAUGAAGACUACAUUUCUACGUGUCAAGGUAUGCUAAGGGUCCUUAACAAUGCUUUGGAAGCCAUAUUACCCAAGACAUCAGUGGAUACACCAACAACAUUAGAUAUAUAUACCAUAAUGUCAGAUAUCUCCAGCAGACAGGAAUUAUCUGAACCAAACGACGCUGAUCUGACUCCUACAGAAAGAGCAUUUAUUGCUUCACAGGUCGCUAUGAAGAAUGCACUGGAUGCGGAUAUAAAAAAUGACGAUGUUCAAAACGAGGUGCAAGUACUAUUGGACAGUAUUUCCUACUUAGGCCACGUGCUUCAGAUGUUGAACUAUCGUAAACAGAUGCCUGUUUACGUUCAAAAUGGACACAUUAAUUCCACAGAAGAUAAGAAACUGAUUGGAGAAUUGAUUCAGAAAGGGUUUCAAAUCAAUGAAGUAAAUUUAAGUUUUGUAGAAUCAAAUUCCAAGUCUACACAAGAGCAAGCUAUACAGGUAACAUUAUAUGACCACACACCAUUUUCGUGGGAUGAGGAGUCUAAGUUCAUAUCAUCUAAGACCGUUACUGUGUCAGUUGGAGAAGGCAAUACAACAAACUCAGCAAUACCAUCGAAAAUCAAACUUCAGAAUUCUGGUUUAGUACCAACAAGAAAAAUUAUCAGAGUAGCCAUUCCAGUUGAUAAAAAUGAGACUACUUCACAGAUGCUAGUGUACAAAAUGUACUGGAAGACACCAGCGGACAGCUUGAUAAUCAGUAUAAAUAGCCCAAUAAACCAUCUCAAUCACACUAUUUACAUUCGGAAGACAGAACCUCCAACGGAAGACGAAUAUGACUGGAAGAAAAUUAUAGAAUCCAUCGACUGGUUAUCAACCAGCGAAAUUAAAGUAAUACUUGACGGUGGCUUAUACACCGCCCCAACAAAUGUGUAUGUUGGAGUCCUUGUUCAAAAAGAAAAAUCGUCUACCGCUACAUCAACCAGACGAAGACGAUCACUGAGUACUACUAUUGUUGAAUAUGGAAUUAUUGGAGCUACGGUUGGUUGUAGAGUAUGGAAUACUGUUAAGCAGAAAUGGGACAAAACUUCAUGUCAGCUUUCAUCUGCAUCAACUAUCAAUGAGACCGUUUGUGAGUGUUCCAAUCCACCAGGAAAUAGUUUUGCCACAACGUUUUACGUGCCUCCAAACACGAUCGAUUUUGGAAGUGUUUUUGAAAAGUUUGAUUUGAAAAACAAUGCAGCGGUGUUUGCAACUGUUGUAUCCCUUGUACUGUUCUAUAUUUUGUUAUGUGUAUGGACAUUCAGACAGGACAAAAAGGAUCACACAAGGUGGGCAUUAUCCUACCUAAGUGACAACGGUCCUUACGACGAUUACUUGUACAUUCUGACGGUGUUCACAGGAUUACACAGACAUGCUGGAACAAAAUCCAGAAUAGGUUUCAUGAUAAUUGAUGGAAAACCAAAGAAAAGCUAUUUUUAUGAACCAGAUGUACGACUAUUAGAUGACGAAACACAUCGAGGUUUUGAUGUUGGAAGCAUCCGGAAAUUUGUCAUGAGCGUUCCUAAACCAAUAAAUGACCCAACAGUAUUAAAAAUUUGGCAUGAUAAUAGUGGACCAGGAAAUUCAGCAUCAUGGUAUCUUAAUAAAAUCAUACUAGAGGAUGUGCAAACUGGUGGAAGGUAUCUGUUUAUAUGUGAUCAAUGGCUUUCUUUGGACCACGAUGAUGGAUGCAUUGAGUGUGCCAUUCCUGUGUCUGAUAAGUUGGAUAAACAUAAAUUCUCAUUUUUAUUCAAUGAACAAACGAGACAAAACACAACAGACAAUCACUUAUGGUUAUCGGUUGCCAUUCGACCUGAAGAUAGCAACUUUACAAGGUUAGAAAGAUUGGCUUGCUGUUUGACAUUGUUGUUUCUCACCAUGAUCUCAAGUGCAAUGUUUUAUGGACAAAAUACCGGAAGUAAAUUUUCAAUUGGACCGAUUAAAUUAUCACUUUCUGGGAUAUAUAUUUCAAUUGUCAGUGCAAUUAUUGCUGCACCUCCAAUAUUGUUAGUAUCUUAUAUGUUCAGAAGUUCCAAACCUCGUUCAAGAAAUGAGAAGAAAACUUUUACAAAUACUAAAGACAAUUCUGAAAUGACACUAAAAUCCGGCGAGGAAGACAAUAACGCAGAUGUGACAGAUGAUUCUGAAUUUUCACUUCCGGUUUGGUGUAGAUAUGUAGCAUGGGGAAUUGUUACAUUAGCCGUCUUUACAUCUGGAUUUUUCCUAAUUUUGUAUAGCAUGGAAUGGGGAAAGACAAAGUCAGAGGAAUGGCUGCUAUGUUUCUUUAUGUCAUUCAUCGAAUCAAUACUCUUAGUUGAUCCACUUAAGAUCAUAUUGAUGUCAGUCAUAUUCUCUUGGAUUGUAAAGAGUUAUAAGGAGACAACUGUGAAAUAUGACAGAGAGAAACUUCUUCUAGAGACCAAAAGACGUGCAGCAAGUCCAUUGUCAUAUCUUUUAGAUGUGUUCAAAGCCACGCAAGCUCCAUUGAAAUCCCAAACAGUUGCUAGAUUAAAAGAAAGAAGACAGCAGCGCCUAAAAAUGCAAGAAAUAUUCAUUGAGCUAGUUUUAUAUAUGAUAUUCCUGGCUGUUCUGUAUUGUGUCAGUUUUAGUAACAGGGAUCCAACAGCUUGUUACACCGAAUAG